GAGCUCCCUUCCAUGGAGUCCUGUGGCUCUUGAGCCCCAGCCUCUUCACGUCUGUCUGUCCUUGGAGCCCCCUUCAAGUUCAAGGAAAGAAAAACAUCCGUGGGGCUUUUCUCCACCAGCCAUGGGCAAUGCUCCUUGAGAUCCCACAAGAGCCAUGAAGCAGGGGCUCCCUCCAGGGGUAGUAGGCUCUGGCGUUCGUAUUCUUCCCUGUCCCACGCUGUGUCAAAAACAGCCCUCCUUGCUCUGCUCCGCCCCCAGUCCCUUUGCCCUGCCCACUCAGUACUCCAGACGUGCCCCAUGUCAGAGCCUGCAGUUCUGGAAUGCUCUGACCUGAGCCCGUGGUGUCUCGAGAUUGGCCUGGAGCAGGCAGGAAGCACGAACACAGACAGAGCCACUACAUACACAGGAGGCCCCAAGGCUAGAAGACUGAGAAGCCAAGUAAGUUCAGAUAGGAGGUGACUGGACCAGACCACCCUUGCCCUGCCCAGGUCCUGACUCCAACAUCUUCCAAGUGUUGACCAGCUCCUAGUGCUUGACCAGAGAAUCAGACCAGGUGCUAGUCCCUGACUCAGCCGCAUGGAGCUGGUGCAGGACACCUCUCGCCCUCCUCUGGUCAAAGUGAAGGGGGUCCCGUUCAUCAAGUACUUUGCAGAGAUGGUGGGGCCACUUCAGAGCUUCCAGGCCUGGCCUGAUGACCUGCUCAUCAGCACCUACCCCAAGUCUGGCACCACAUGGGUAAGCGAGAUAGUAGACAUGAUCUACCAGUGUGGUGACUUAGAGAAGUGUCACCGGGCCCCCAUCUAUGUACGGGUGCCCUUCCUUGAGUUUAAAUGCCCGGGUGUUCCCUCAGGUCUAGAAACUUUGAAAGGAACACCUGCCCCUCGGAUCCUUAAGACACAUUUGCCCCUGGCCCUGCUUCCCCAGAGUCUGCUGGAUCAGAAGGUCAAGGUGAUCUAUGUUGCCCGCAAUGCAAAGGACGUGGCUGUCUCCUAUUACAACUUCUACAAAAUGGCCAAGGUGCACCCUGACCCUGGCACCUGGGACAUCUUCCUGGAGAACUUCAUGGAUGAACAAGUGUCCUAUGGCUCGUGGUACCAGCACGUGCAGGAGUGGUGGGAGCUGAGCCGCACCCAUCCUGUGCUCUACCUCUUCUAUGAAGACCUGAAGGAGAACCCCAAAAGGGAGAUUAGAAAGAUCCUGGAGUUUCUGGGGCGCUCUCUGUCAGAGGAGACUGUGGAUCACAUUGUCCAGCACACAUCCUUCAAAGUGAUGAAGAAGAAUCCCAUGACUAACUACAGUACCAUACCUACUGAGAUCAUGGACCACAGUAUUUCAGAUUUCAUGAGGAAAGGCAUCACAGGGGACUGGAAAUCUGUCUUCACUGUGGCCCAGAAUGAGCGCUUUGAUGCCCACUAUGCUGAGAAGAUGGCAGGCUGCCAGCUCAAGUUCUGCUGGCAGAUCUGAGUGGUAUUAUGGGGAACUUGGGCACAAGCCUGACCCAUGACCUCAGGAAUAAAAUAUGAUGUGUCCAA